CCUCGACUUGGCAGACGAUCUUUGGCGCGCCUGACAUGCGCGCAACACUUGGAGGAGGGAAAAAAAAAAUGGCAGCUGGCGAUUAAGCAGACAAACAUCUUCUUCAACAUUCUUCCACCGGACACACGGACCCCGACGUGUCAAGUUGAGCAUCAGACGUCCAUCACCAGGCAUCAUGGGAAAAACACUCCUUAAAGACCAAAGGGAGGGCAAAAAGGACAAAGCAGAAGUAACCAAAGAGUCCUUCAAUUGGGAAGAAUACCUUAAAGAGACGUCGUCCACGCCGGCGCCACCCAGCUGCUUCCGUCAGGCCACAGUUCCGCCCUCCAACGACUUCAAAGUGGGCAUGAAAGUGGAAGCCCACGACCCGCGCAACGCCACCUCUGUGUGCAUCGCCAGCGUGAUGGGCCUGACGGGGGUCCGCCUGCGACUGCGCUUGGAUGGCAGUGACAACAGCAACGACUUCUGGCGCCUGGUGGACUCCUCCGACAUCCAGCCCAUCGGCACCUGCGAGAAAAACGGAGACAUGCUGCAACCGCCGCUGGGAUUUCGCAUGAACGCCUCAUCAUGGCCCAUGUUCCUCCUGAGAACCUUGAACGGAGCGGAGAUGGCUCCAGGGACAGCCUUCAAAAAGGAGCCCCCCGGCCCCCACCAGAACCACUUCAAGCCGGGCAUGAAGCUGGAGGCCGUGGACAAGAAGAACCCGCACCUCAUCUGCCCCGCCACCAUCGGAGAGGUGAAGGGCGAGGAAGUCUUCGUCACGUUCGACGGCUGGAGGGGCGCCUUCGACUACUGGUGCAAGUACGACUCGCGGGACAUCUUCCCUGUGGGCUGGUGCUCGCUGACCAAGCACAGCCUUCAGACCCCCGGAAACAGUGUCACGCUGCCCAAGAACGUGCCAGUUCUGUCUCCGUCGUCACCCUCCAAGCCCAGCAGACGGUCCCUGCAGGCCCCCUACAGACUCCCCAACCCGCUGCCCCAGCUGCCUGUCAGGAAGGGCGUACGGGGUCGCCGGCCCAAGAGCGAGACCCUGGCCCUCCUCAAAGCCGUAGCCGAGGCGGCGGCGGUGGCCCAAAGCGACGCCCAGCCGGUUCCUCGGCCGCACAAAAAGAGGGGCCCCAAACCAGGAAGCAAGAGAAAGCCCAAGGUUCUCCAAAGGUCGUCGCAUCCAGUCCAGGUCCCACGCGGGAUCCCCGCCGGCUCGCCAUCUGCCGUCUCAACAGUGUGCGUCUACGUCGACAAGCGCGGGAGCUGCGGCCCGCACUUGGACCGCAAGCAAGUGCAGCAUCUGCCGGACCACUUCGGCCCGGGGCCCGCCAACGCCGUUCUACAGCAGGCGGUCCAGUCCUGUUUGGACUGUGCCUACCAGCCCAAAGUCCUGCUGGGCGCCCUGCACACGCACUCGGGGGGCGGCGAGGUGGUCAGAGUGAGAACCGACGGGGGGGUCCGCCUGGUCAAACUCCCCUCAGCUGCCAGCGCUGCCUUCGUGCUGCGCUUCUUGGAGACCGUGUGUCGUCACCUGCAGUGUGACAACCUGUUCAGCAGCCAGCCCUGCAGCCAUUACGACAACUACCACAGGACCAAGUCAGUGAAAGAGGAGGCGCUGGACACGUCGUUGCUGGCUCGGGUCGGCAAGCGAAGCCUCGCCGGGGUGUCGCCGCCGUACGCCGCGCCGCUCUCUCCCAAACAUGUACGCACCGACGCCCACCCUUCAGAAGCCGAGACGCUGCCCCACCAAGACAACGUCCUCAUGAAGGAGCAGCGCUACAUGGACUCCGCCUCCAACUCCAUCACCCCGCGGCCCCAGAUGCAACGCAGUUGUUCUGAGUACCGCUCCCCGACUGCAGGCGGCGCCGUAGCUCCCGUCCGCCGCCUCUCGUCCAACCCAGCCUCCACGCCGCUGCUCAGAAGAGUCGAAGCCAGCUCUACCACAGGGCCCGACAGCAGCCCCCCAGAACCCUCGUGCUGGUCCAUCCAGGACGUGAUGCGCUUCGUCAGGCACGCCGACCCCGCCACCUUGGCGCCGCACGCUGAACUGUUCCGGAAACACGAGAUCGACGGCAAGGCGCUGCUGUUGCUGCGCAGUGACAUGAUGAUGAAGUACAUGGGUCUGAAGCUUGGCCCCGCCCUCAAACUGUGUCACCACAUCGAGCGGCUGAAGCAGGGCAAGGUGUGACGCGGGUCACGUGACCGGCACACGGGUCACAUGACCAGCACACGGGUCACAUGACUGGACGCGUGAGCGCGGCCCGCCCAGCCCAAGAAGAGGAAGGGAGACGUUUCCAUGGUUACCUCACCAAGAUGCUUCUUCUUCUUCUUGCGGCGAUUGAUGUUGUACAGCGAGAGAGAUGGUCACGUCAUGACUUUCACUUCCUGUUUGACCUCGUCACCUUCCUCCUCGCCUGUCCGCCUCCUGCACUUCCUGCUGCCUCCAGCAGAGGGCAGCACACACACACACACACACACACACUGUGGACUUUUUACACACCUCAACUCCAGCUUGAAGCUCAUUUCUCAUUACUCUUAGUAUUUGUACUCAUGAAAUUAAAGUACACAAUUAUUGAUGAAAUAAAAGUACAUUGUUGUUAUUAAUCAAAUAAAAUUGUUUUUGUUAAUUAACUAAAUGAAAUUAUUAAUGACAUUAAAGUACGUUAAUAGUAUUAAUGAAAUAAAAGUACAUUAUUAAUGA